GUGCACGUUGCGCCCCACAAUACGGGACCGUUAGGUGCGCAUUUUCGCGUGCUGAACCAUUAACUGCUCAUUUAGUCAUCAGCUUUGCAAAUAGGAUUGAAUUUAAUAAAAUAGCGUCAACCUAGUUUAAUAUAGGUUUAUUUACAUAUAUUUAACGAAAAUGGGUACGGAAAAUGAAGCCAACGGAUAUGUAAAAUCAAAAUCGCCUGUUUUAACUAACGAAGUUGCAGCCAGGGGUCCAAAAAUAUUCAAAGAUGCUAUAGUGGAGUUUUUUAAGAGGAAUCUUUUGGUAAUACUCACGGUAUCGGGAGUUGUGGUGGGCGCUGGUCUCGGUAUGAUGGUCAGGAAUAUGAACCUGACGCGGGCGCAGGUAACUUAUUUCGCCUUCCCCGGCGAGAUGCUGCUUAGGAUGCUGAAGAUGGUCAUCCUUCCCCUGGUGGUGUGCAGCCUGAUUUCGGGUGCGGCCUCUCUGGACACCCGCUCCCUGGGCAAACUGGGUGGCAUCGCCGUUUCGUACUUCUUGGUGACCACGCUGAUCGCUUCGGGCAUCGGCGUGGUGCUGGCUUUCAUUAUUAAGCCGGGAGUGGGUGCAGGGGCACUGAACACUAAUAGUUUGGGGCUGGAAACAGUCACGACAAGCAAGGAGACCACGGAUUCCUUCUUAGACCUUGCCAGGAAUUUGUUCCCAGCGAAUCUCGUAGCAGCCGCCUUCCGCACAUACGCCACCGAUUACAAGUUUGUCACCGUUGGGAACAUCUCAAAUGGGAGCCUCAUCUACCAGAAGGUACCCGUUGGCACAGAAACGGAGGGAAUGAACAUCUUGGGGCUGGUCCUGUUCGCCAUGGUGUUCGGGGUGGCGCUGAGGAAGCUGGGACCCGAGGGGGAGGAGCUUAUUCGCUUCUUCAAUGCCUUCAAUGACGCCACAAUGGUGCUUGUUUCCUGGAUAAUGUGGUACGUACCAUUCGGCAUCAUGUUCCUGGUUGGAAGCAAGAUCGUGGAGAUGGAGGACGUGGUGCUGCUCGUCAGCAGUUUGGGAAAGUACAUCUUCGCCUCCAUCCUGGGCCACAUCAUCCACGGGGGCAUCGUGCUGCCCCUCAUCUACUUUGGAUUCACCCGCAAGAACCCGUUCACCUUCCUGUCCGGCCUAAUCGCCCCCUUCACCACCGCCUUCGCCACCUGCUCCAGCUCCGCGACCCUCCCCUCCAUGAUGAGGUGCGUGGAGGAGAACAACGGAGUGGACAAAAGGAUCAGCCGCUUCAUCCUCCCCAUCGGUGCCACGGUCAACAUGGACGGGGCGGCCAUCUUCCAGUGUAUCGCUGCCGUCUUCAUCGCCCAGCUGAACAACGCCGAGCUCAACGCCGGGCAGAUUUUUACCAUCCUGGUGACCGCCACUGCAUCCAGUGUAGGAGCAGCGGGGAUCCCGGCUGGAGGGAUCAUCACCAUCGCCAUCAUUCUGGAGGCAAUCGGGCUGCCCACCAAUGACCUCUCUCUCAUGCUGGCCGUCGACUGGAUUGUAGACCGGACCACGACGGUGGUGAACGUGGAGGGGGACGCCCUCGGGGCGGGAAUCCUGCACCACAUCAACGAGAAGGCGACAAAGAGGGCGGAGCAGCGGGCAGGGGGGCAGGAGCUGCUGGAGGUCAAGGUGGAGGCGGUGGCUAACGUGCAGGGCUUGGACGAGGCGUCCCCGCUCGUCACGCGGCAGGAGCCGGGCACAGACGGCACUGUGGACUCGUCGGCGGAGAGGAGCGAUGGGGAAUCCGGGCUCUGAGGUCCACCACGCAGAGACGCCGUUACCUGUCACGGGGAAGAGUGUGCAGCUUGUGUCUGUUACCGGCUUUGUGUCGUGUCUGUGAUGCGCGGCUGUACACCGCCACGGACGUGCGUAUCGGCAGAGCAUGGCGGUCUCAGCCGAGCCUGUGAAAAAUGCCUGUUCUUACCUGUCAGCCUCCCACCCUUUCGUCAGCAUACAGGUCACUCGUCUGUCUCCGUUGGUUGUUGGGAAUGUCAAAGUCAGCUGUCUCUUACACCCAGAUGGACAAAGAUUAGGACUAUUUAUAAACUGAUCCAAGGUUGCUUUCCGAACAGUAUUUAAAAAUACCAUUAUUUUACAGCAGUGUGUGUACUUAGAGAAUUAUUUUACAGCCAUUGCAGCGAUGGAUGCAGCUCUGUUCUCUCUUUGGUCAUUUGUAGAGAUGGAUAGUUCAGGUCUAGAAAGUAAAAAUCCAGACCAAGAUUUUGUUUCAACUAUUUAGUUGAGUACUCUGUGACUGUGACUCUUUAUACUCAAUUUUGUUGGUCAAAACAAAAUUUUGGUCUGGAUUUAAACGUUCUGGACCUGAAUUAUCCACCUCUGAUUAUUUUCUUUCUAGAUGCAUCUCUGUCGUGAGUGUCCUGGGAAACAAACUGCAGCCGUUUCUAAAAUACAGGUUUAGGAAUUUUGAGGAAACCCGUAGCCACCCAGAGGCCAUUGGGAGUACUACAUGCCGUAGAAUGACAAUGACUCAUUUUUAUCUGAUUGGCUGUUACUUACAAAAGAUUCAAAUAUAUUUCUUACUUAUGGUGAUGGGUAUUUUUGGAAAGCAAGGAACAUAAUCACUUUUACUAUUUUAGUUGAAAUUGAAACACUUUUUGAUGUUAAUAUUUAUUGAUCAUAGUUGACAAUUUUGUUUACAGUUUUUUUUACAAAGAUGUCUUUUUAUAAAGGAUUUUCACUAACCCUUAAAAUCUUGAUGGCACGUUUUGGUUUAGUAACACUGUUUUUCAUGCUCUUCAUAUUUGACAUGAUUUUCCUGGGACCAUGAUUUUUAUAUGUCGUUUUAAAGGUACUGACAUGAUCUCUAAAUAGCAGUUGCAUUUGAUAUAUUUCUCUUCGUGCUCAGUUACAUUUUACUGCAUUUCUUUGUUUAAAAAUGUGCUGUAAGUUUUAGUUUUUUGUACUUAUUGUUUAUGAGAAGUGUAAUUUGUAAUUUUUCUCACGUCAGACUGAAUGAUAUGGAUAUUUACAUUUGUGGUUUUCUUUUGUGUACAGGCUCUGUAACGAUCUGUGAAUCUAGACCACUUUGUUCAUUUCUCAAGCCCGCCUCCAUUCCUAAAACAAAGCCUCUGUGUGUAAAAAGCUGUGGUUCUCUGUAAAGCCCAGACAAGACAUUGUUUCAGAAAAGGGGAACAAGCAUGGUUUUGCCAAAAAGUCGCCCCUGAUUCCUGUGAGCUACACGGGCUUCACAUAUCAGCUCAUUAACGAGUGUAAAUCAGUAAUUAUCAUGAAACGUCUUUCUUUGCGCAUCAUAUGUACAAAGACGCUGCCUGUUAAUGUCAAACUGCUUUCUGCCCUGCAGCAUCUCAUUGGCCAGGCACAGGCAAAAUGGCCGACCCACAUGUCCACGUGUCUAUGCAUGUAUAUAAAAGGGACCAGACAGCAGCAGACAGAGGAUGGUACUGAGGCUGUAAGGAGUCUGAUGUGCUAAAUGUGCUUUGUGUCAAGUACAAACCCCUGAAUGGCAAAUAAAUGGGAGCGAGUGCA